AAAAGGAGAGAAAUCAGAAAUUAGUUCGGGAAGAGAAGCAAAAGUAAGUAGAAUGUUGUGGUAUAUAUAUAUAGGGCGAUGAUACAUUUUGUUUCACACAUUCAACCGAGCUAGCCAGCCAUGAACAGCUCCACCGCUUCCCCUCCCAAGAAGAGGCUUAGCAAGACGGCUUGUAACAGAAUCCAGAAAGAGCUGCAGGCUUCCUGGCAGGCCAAUCCGCCCCCUGGAUUCAAACUUAUUAAGCCCACUGAUGACGAUGACAAUCUUCAAAGGUGGGUGAUUGAAGUAUAUGGAGCUCCUGAAACCCUGUAUGCUGAUGAGACUUAUCAGCUUCAAGUUGAAUUUCCGGAACAGUAUCCUAUGGAAGCUCCUCAGGUGAUAUUUUUGUGUCCGCCUCCAUUGCACCCACAUAUAUACAGCAAUGGCCAUAUUUGUUUAGAUAUUCUGUAUGAUACAUGGUCUCCUGCAAUGACGGUUCAUUCCAUCUGCAUUAGCAUUCUCUCUAUGCUAUCAAGCUCUACUGCGAAGCAACUCCCUGAAGAUAACGACCGCU